AUGGAAGUGCUAUUGGUCAAUUAUGUCUUCUCUAGGAGCUUUGUUGUGUCCAGUGGAGUAUCCAAAGCAAUGUUCAUUUGCUUUCUGUUUCCAAUUUUCUUGACUGCGGAAUACAUAGCACCUCCUAUCCUCUCAAAUUCAACUGUUUUCCCAGCAUGGAAUGUCCCAAGUGAGAAUUGUAUACGACGCUAUAAAAUUUAUGUGGAUGUGAGCAUCUAUUCAUUAACAGGAAACCCUGAAAUUCGUGCCACAAGUCAAAAGAUCACCUUUUUUAAUAUUGACAAAUUCGGCCGCUAUCCUCACGUAGAAGCAGAUUCGAAACGCGAAAAAUUUGGGGCAAUUCCUCAAUUGGGAAAUAUAAAUACGCAUUUGGAAAAGGCUCAGAAAGACAUUGUCCAUUACUUACCGAGAGAUGCGUUAGGCCUGGCUAUAAUUUCAUGGGAAACCUGGAAUCCUCUCUGGAUAAGGAAUAUAUUAAACAAUUAUGUUUACAGGGUCAAAUCAAUUCAAUUGGUUAAACAAAAAAAUCCACAACUUGGAGAUACAGAAGCUGAGGCUGUUGCCAAAGAAGAAUUUGAACAGGCAGCAAGGGAAUUCAUGGUAAGAACUUUGCAAUUAGGACGGAGACUUCGACCAAAUAAUUUUUGGGGAUUUUUCCAUUUUCCUGAUUGCUACAAUCAUAAUUAUCAUAACAAUAAAAACUACACUGGAAGUUGCCCUGAAAUAGAUAAGCAAAGAAAUAAUGAUCUCAUCUGGUUGUGGAACGAAAGCACUGCACUUUAUCCAGACCUUUACUUGACUACAGAUUUAAAAGAAAAUCCAAAGGCUGCACUGUUUUCCCGUAAUCGUGUUAAUGAAGCCAUAAGGAUUUCUAAAGUAUCCAAUAGUAGCAAUCCACUUCCAGUUUUUGUAUAUGUGCGUCCUGUUUUUAUUGAUAAAAUCACAGAAUAUCUUUCUGAGAUUGACCUUGUGAAUACAAUAGGUGAAACUUAUGCUCUUGGAGCCUCUGGAAUUGUAAUAUGGGGAAGCUUCAAGAUAUCCCACUCUAUGAUUGCUUGUAAGAAUCUAAAAGCUUUUCAGACGCAGACACUGAGUCGUUACAUCAUCAAUGUCACUCUAGCAGCUAAAAUGUGUCACCAAGCACUCUGCCAAGAUCAAGGACUCUGUACCCGGAAAAACUGGAAUUCGAAUGACUAUCUUCACCUGAACCCAAGGAACUUUUUUAUUGAGUUUGCGUAUUGUAACAAGUUCACAAUAUAUGGGGAGCCCUCAUUUGAAGACCUAAAGCAGUUUUCUGACAAAUUUGAUUGCACCUGUUUUACCAAUGUCACUUGUAAGAAGAAUAACAUACAAAAUGUUAAAAACAUAAGGGUAUGCGUUAAUGAGGAAAUUUGCAUAUCGGCCUUUGUAAGCCCAGAACACAACCUAAUUCCUACCGGACGAACCCGAAAAACCACAAAAACAACCAUCACAAAACCUUACACAGUCUUCUAG